GACUGCAUCACCAAAGCCUGUUCAUUGGAAGAAGAGGGACCACAAUGGGGACAUUGUUCACCAGCGCCCACGAGCCCUUAGAAAGCAGUCAACAUCAAGACCAGACAAAGGAGGACAUGUUUCUUCUUCACAGCCAUUAGACCAUGGCCAACACCUAGACCCUGAUUUUAAUAUGCAGCAGCUUGAGGACCUUCUACAGGACUCAGAGAACAUUGAAUCGCAAGAUUUUGUUCAGCAGCCACCAUUGUCCAGUUGGAGUCAAAGGCAGAAAGAGGUCCAACAAUGUUGGCAACAGGCGAGGCCACAGAACCUUGAAAAUUUACUUUCUGCUGAGAACAUCGUCCAGAUGACAUGCAAUCACUGUCACGUGAAAGAAGCUGUCAUCCGUUGUGGGGAAUGUAUGCCCUCAGAGUGGUUUUGUGCUGAGUGUGAUGGCUUGGUGCAUAAACACCACACUCUACACAACAGGCAAACCAUCAUGGAUGGAUUUUUCAAAUACAUCCCGCCAACAGAAUCUGUGACACUCCAUGAUGGAAAAUACAUCAUUUGUGAACAAGAUUGUGUUCUGCCAACAGCUCUACCUCAAAGGAUAUGCUCCUGUGACACCGCUGAUGCAGCAGUCUCUGUUGGUAGAUCCAUCAUACUGGUUUGCAUAAAUGGCCGUUAUGAUCUUCACGUUCCGGUGCUAACAUGCAAACAUUGCAACCAGAAAUGGGCUCCAGAAGUCAGUGACUUUGUAAAGAGUGGUUACUGGCCCGCUACCAUGCAGGCACAGACACUGUUCCACCAAGAUCUCUUCCAUUCCUUUGAGGCUAUGAAGACAGCAGCUCCAGGAAUGUCCAGACAAACCUUUACAGCAAUGUUGGACCAGAGAACAAAGCAAUAUGGAAGAACUGGCAAAGUGAAUGCAGAUGCAUUUCAGAGAAGUUUUCUGCAAUUUGUGUACUGCAACUAUGAAGAGAACCAACUUCUUGGAAAGGAGCCAUUGGCCUGUCCAGCCUGUAGCCCUGAAAUGGUGGGUGUUUCUGUGGAUGGCAACAGAAAGUUGUACAGGUUCCAGAAAACAAACCAGAGUGAAGAGCCAGGGUUCUUCGAUGGAGUGUUUUUAGCCCGAGACUCUGAGGUGUCCAGUUUUGUUGAGGAGGUCCGGGGAACUGUCAUGAGUACCGCAGGAAAAGCGAUGUGUGGUGACUCCAAAUAGAAUGCAGCAAGAGAGACUUCAAAGCGGGCCAACAAGUUGGAUGAAGAAGGUGUGGAAAUUGCUGUGUGUAGACAUGGAUUUCUUCUCAAAGGUCUGAAUAUGUAUAGAGGAGAAAUCUUUGCAUAUCCAAUGUUUCUCCAAAAAGAGUUCCAGAGUGCUACAUUUUUGACCAUGAAUGUGACCUGCCGAUAUGUGCC